CCUCUCCCGGCCAGAGGUCUCCGGCUUCCAGAAAUAGCUCCUCCCUGGAGAAGCCCCACCUUCCUUGCCAGCCGCCAUAAAUUCAAGUCCUGGGCUCCCAGCUGUGCCUGGUAGCGUCUUCGCAAGCUAGUGGACUCUGCGGAGUCUGGAGCUUCAGGAUGGUUCUUGCUAAGAGCUGGACACUGAAGCAGCACUUCAAGGGCCACCCUACUAAUAGUGACUUUGAGUUGAAGACUGCUGAGCUCCCACCCUUAAAAAAUGGAGAGGUCCUGCUUGAAGCUUUGUUCCUCUCUGUGGAUCCUUACAUGAGAGUGGCGUCCAAAAAGUUGAAGGAAGGCGAUGUGAUGAUGGGGGAACAAGUGGCCAGAGUUAUAGAAAGUAAAAACUCAGCCUUCCCAAUAGGAACUAUUGUAGUGACUUUUUCUGGCUGGACAUCACACUCCAUUUCUGAUGGGAAAAGACUGGAAAAGCUGCCUGCAGAAUGGCCAGAUUCAUUACCACUUUCUUUGGCUCUGGGGACAGUCGGUAUGCCAGGCCUAACUGCCUACUUUGGCCUGCUUGACAUCUGUGGUGUGAAAGGUGGAGAAACAGUGAUAGUUAAUGCUGCGGCAGGAGCAGUGGGCUCUGUUGUGGGGCAGAUAGCCAAGCUCAAGGGCUGCAAAGUUGUUGGAGCAGCAGGGUCUGAUGAAAAGAUUGCCUAUCUUAAAAAGGUUGGAUUUGAUGUUGCCUUUAACUACAAGACAGUAGAGUCUUUGGAAGAAACUUUGAAAAAAGCAUCUCCUGAUGGUUAUGAUUGCUAUUUUGAUAAUGUAGGUGGAGAGUUUUCAAAUAUUGUUAUACCCCAGAUGAAGACAUUUGGAAGAAUUGCGAUCUGUGGGGCCAUCUCUACAUACAACAGGACUGGCCUGCCUCCCCCAGGCCCACCCCCAGAGGCUGUUAUCUAUCAGCAGCUCCGCAUGGAAGGGUUCAUCGUCACCCGCUGGCAAGGAGAUGUCCGCCAGAAGGCUCUGAGAGACCUGAUGACAUGGACCUCUGCGGGUAAAAUCCAGUAUCAUGAAUACGUUAUUGAAGGAUUUGAAAACAUGCCGUCUGCAUUUAUGGGAAUGCUGAAAGGAGAGAAUUUGGGGAAAGCCAUAGUGAAAGCAUGAGAGGAAAAUGACACAUGAACCACCACUGGACAAUUUAGAUGAUUACUUAGUUUUUCACCAUUUAGUAAAAACAUAUACUGCCUUAAUUAUCUAACUGUGAUGAGUUUGACCUACCUAAUAAAAUGCAUUUAAGUGGUUUGUAGUUAAUGACAGAGAAUGAAAUUUUCAUAGUUAAGAAUAACCAAUCACCUUCCUACCUACUACUGCUCCUCCUGGGUUAUGGCAGAAAAUGAUGACUUUGAAGUCUGUGUGUUAGCUUUCCAUUACUGUGACAAAAUGUCUGAAUAAUCACCUUGAAAGAAGGAAAGGUUUAUUUUGACUGUUUUGGAGGUUUCAAUCCAUGUUCUAUUGGCCCCACUUCUUUGGGCCUAACUGGUGAGGCAGUCCAUCAUAAUGGAAGCAGGGUUGGGAGAAGCUGCUCACCUUAUGGCAGUCAGGAAACAAAAAGGACAGAAAGGAACCUGGGCCCAAUAUCCUCUUCAGAUGCAUGCUCCCAAUGACCUAAUUUCCUCCCACUAGGUCCCAUCUCUUAAAGAUUCCACUCCCAAUAGUGCCAGUCAUCCAAACCAAAGCAGAGUCUAAGAGUUUAUUACCUCUGUGGCUUUAGGCUUCUCAUUCUUCAUUUUUAAAUUGAGGAUUGUUACUUCCUUCCAGAAAUUGGUGAAACUGAAGUAAUAAGAUCCUUAACCCUAUUGAUUAUAAUAAGAAGUAGUAAUCAUGCAGAAUCCAGGGGUCUCAGGGCCAGCCCACAUUGGCACUGUCUAGGAAAAUCUAAUAUGAACCAAGAAAGGCAAUCUGUUCAUUCACAACAGGUGUAAAAAAGAUAACACCUAGGAAUAUUUAUAUAUCUUUACAAUUUUUCAAGAUUUAUAUGAAAAAAAAAAAAACCUUUAAAAAUUACUGAAGAACACAAAAGAUUUGAACAUAUGGAAAAAGUAACAUGCUUUUGGACAGGAAGAUU